UCGUCAAACUCCCUAGUGAAGGACAAUGAUAGGCUUUCAACUCACAUAGACCCUGACUCCUUCUUCUCAGGUUUGUCAGAUGACCUCGAGGACAGGCUGACGGAAUCUGUGGAAGAAGUGGUCUUGGAUGAGAUCAAAGCAGAAAUAAAAGAUGCCGACUUUGUGUCUUUGAUUCUACACGAAACCACCGAUGACUCAUGGGACACGCAAAUCGCAACAGUCCUGAGAUACGCAACUAAAGAGGGGCUUGCACAGGAGAGGUUUGUGGAGUUCACAGAUGCGAUGGAGAAAUGUACCGCCAGUGCCCUGGCAGAGUUUGUUCUCACCUUUCUACAGAAAAUGGACUGUGGCGACAAGUUGGUUGCUCUGUCAUACAGUGGACAAGCCGUCACAUCAAGCCAAAUCAGUGGCCUUGUCGCCCAAGUGAAGGAACGGUACCCGUGGGUCAUCUUCGUACAUUGGUGUGCACUGGAGCUGAGUGUAGCCGUAACUCAAGCGUGCCACUCUAUCAAAGAUGCUAGCUUGUUUUUGGGAGUCUUACAAGACCUCAGUACGUUCUUCUUAAACACAUUCCUGCAACGCAGCGAGGCCCUGGACAACAUUGUUAGAAGGCGCGCCUCAAGCACAGCACCUCUUCUUUGGAAUAACAUCUCAGAUGUGGUGAAGACGAUGAAGGAGCACAGCGAAUCGGUGAUCGAGUUGUUUGACAAGAUCCUAGACAGUGAGCUGGUGUUGGAUAAUGACUCCUUUUUCCGUGCUUUGAAGCUUUUGCCUCAAGUUGUGGAGCCCAAGUUCAAGUUUCUGCUGGAGGUAUUUUCAGCCGUUUUCUUUCGUAUGGAAGCGUUUGGAGAUGCCCUUCAAAGAAACAGUGUGGAAACAGCAUGUAACGUGAGUGCUUUGAAGAGAACACUAGAAGCACUGACAGCAAUGCAUGGGGACUUUGAUUCCAUUUUCUCUCAGACAGUGGAGCCAGUGGAUAGCCCUGCAAAGAAAGGAAAAUGGGAAGAAGAGACUAAGAAGGUUUUUCAUGGCCUUUACGUCAGUGUUCUGGACACACUCACCUCGGAGUUAGAAGUACGGUUUGAUUCCCUGGCAAAGAUGGCAUUUACCGAACUGCUAGACUUCUCCAAGUUUACGGCCUACAGCGGAACAUUUCCUGAGGAAGCAUUCAGAUGUCUGAAGGAAACCUAUGGAAGGUUUUUUGACUUUGCUCUUUUGCGAAAUGAACUUCAGGUGCUCUAUUCUUCAUACCAGGUUUGAGAAGAAAAAUAUGUGUGAUUUAGGCGCCUUUCUUCACAACACUGGCCUGAGCGGCAUCCUAACACAAGUGUCCAAACUCUGUCAACUGAGUGUAGCCAUGCAACUGGGCAUCCCGAAGCAGGAGGCCUCGUCUUCUGUUUUGAGAAGAAUCGAAGCGCGCAACGACUACACCUCUGGACAGGGGAGUUCGCUGUUCCUGACUAUUGAGAGGAGUAUGCUGGACAAAAUGCAGGACUUCGACGGCUUCUAUGACCGCGUCAGCCGCCAGUUUGCCGAAAGAGGGGAUGGAGAUGACCUCAGUUUCGUAUGAGGGGUGACCAUGUGACCAUGGCAACCUCAGCCCAAAGUAACGGUGGCUCCAGAGAGGCAGUCCUUUCUCUCUACCGUACAGACUACUGGAGAGCUCUUUACCCAGAGUGCACUUCACCUCAGACCACUGGAGAGCUCUUUACCCAGAGUGCACUUCACCUCAGACCACUGGAGACCUCUUCACCCAGAGUUCACUUCA